AUGAAUCUUGAAUUAAUUGGUCAACUUGUAAGCGUUGCUCUUAUUGUUGGAGCAGGUCCAAUCAUCGUAGCGGCUGUUUACGCACGUGGUGGUAAUCUUUAA